AGGCUUGCUGCGGCGCGAACGGAUCCGGUCGGCGACAAUGAAGACGGAUUUCAAGUUUUCCAACCUACUGGGGACGGUUUAUCGCAAAGGUAAUCUGCUCUUCACACCCGAUGGCAACUCUUUGCUCUCGCCGGUGGGAAACCAGGUCUCGGUUUUCGAUCUAGUACACAACACUUCUUAUACCCUUCCCUUCGCGCAUCGCACCAACAUCGACCAUCUGGCGCUCUCCCCGAAUGGAAAACUUCUCUUGACCAUUGACGAGAAUGGCCGCGCCAUCCUGACCAACUUCUUGCGCCGAAUUGUCAUUCACCACUUCUCUUUCAAAGGCCGUGUCUCCGCUCUCAAGUUCGCCCCAUCCGGUCGAUUUUUCGCUGUGGGUGUAGGAAGACGGCUGCAGUUCUGGAACACUCCGACUACGCCUGGUACCGACAACAACGGAGAGAUUGAGUUUGCGCCUUUUGUUCUACACCGCGACCUCGCCGGUCAUUUCGAUGUGGUUCAACAUCUCGAAUGGUCGAGCGACUCCCGCUUCCUGAUCACAGCCUCCAAGGAUUUGACCGCGCGGAUAUGGAGUUUGGAUCCGGAAGAGGGUUUUGAGCCCACAACGCUGGCUGGCCAUCGUCAGGGAGUGAAAGCCGCUUAUUUCUCCGCCGACCAAGAAUCGAUUUACACUAUCAGUUCCGACGGCGCUGUCUUCCGAUGGGAAUAUGUUACAAAGAAGGAUCCGGAGACUAUGGAAGAUAUUGCGGAUGCCCGAUGGAGGAUUGUCAAGAAGGAUUUCUUCAUGCAGAAUGACGCAAAGGUCAACUGCGCUGCUUUCCACGCGCCCACGAAUCUUCUGGUUGUUGGGUUCUCCAACGGGUUGUUCGGGCUUUAUGACAUGCCGGAAUUCAAUCAGAUCCACCAAUUGAGUGUUUCUCAAAGUAACAUCGACUGCGUGACGAUCAACAAAACGGGCGAGUGGCUGGCCUUUGGCUCUUCCAAGCAUGGACAACUGUUGGUGUGGGAAUGGCAAUCCGAAUCGUACAUUCUGAAGCAACAAGGUCACCUUGACUCUAUGAACACUCUGACAUAUUCUCCCGACGGUCAAAGAGUUGUGACUGCAGCCGAUGACGGAAAGAUCAAGGUCUGGGAUGUCAAAUCUGGUUUCUGCAUUGUGACCUUCACAGAACACACAAGCGCCGUCACGGCAUGCGAGUUCUCCAAGAAGGGAAAUGUUCUGUUUACAGCGUCAUUGGACGGCUCCAUCAGAGCUUGGGAUCUUAUCCGCUACCGAAACUUCCGGACAUUUACUGCUCCGACUCGGUUGUCUUUCUCCUCACUCGCAGUCGACCCAAGUGGGGAGGUGGUUUGCGCUGGCUCUCCGGACUCAUUCGAUAUUCAUGUUUGGUCCGUACAAACGGGACAACUGCUCGAUCAACUUGCCGGCCACGAAGGUCCUGUUUCGGCCCUUUCAUUUGCAGCCGACGGUAACCACCUGGUGAGCGGUAGUUGGGAUCACACUGUCCGCAUCUGGAGCAUCUUCGGACGGACGCAGACGAGUGAACCCUUGCAACUACAGGCUGAUGUGUUGGAUGUGGCUUUCAGACCCGAUGGCAAGCAGGUUGCUGCGUCGAGCUUGGACGGACAGUUAACGUUCUGGUCUGUCAACGAUGCCGUCCAGAUUGGCGGUGUUGACGGCCGUCGUGAUGUCUCAGGAGGUCGGAAGACCAGUGACCGACAGACCGCCGCAAACGCCGCAGGAACCAAGUCCUUCCGCUGCAUCAAGUACAGCGCGGACGGCAGUUGUAUUCUGGCCGCCGGAAACAGCAAGUACAUCUGUUUGUAUGAUGUCGCAACAGGAUCGAUGGUGAAGAAGUAUACUGUGUCGGUCAAUACCUCGCUCGAGGGUACUCAGGAAAUCCUCAAUAGCCGCAAUAUGACGGAGGCUGGCCCUCGCGAGCUUAUCGAUGAGGCAGGUGAGGCUUCAGAAGUUGAGGACCGCAUUGAUCGCAGCCUCCCUGGCGCGAAGCGUGGUGACCCCGGAUCUCGGAAAGUCAGACCGGAGGUCCGAGUCACAGGAGUCGACUUUUCACCGGCUGGCCGUUCGUUCUGUGCGGCCUCCACAGAAGGUCUCCUUAUCUAUAGUUUGGAUACCGAUGUGGUGUUUGAUCCUUAUGAUCUCGAUAUCUCGAUCACCCCGUCUAGCAUUUUGGAGACCCUCGAGGCUGCCAAGCAGGCCGCAGCAACCGGCCAAACGGACGAUGACAACACAUUCCUUAAGGCGUUCAUCAUGGCAUUCCGUCUGAACGAAAAGAAGCUCAUCCGGGCAGUCCAUGAAGCCAUCCCUCCGGGCGAUAUUCCCCAUGUUGUGCGUGCUGUGCCGACAGUUUACCUCCCUCGCCUCCUUCGCUUCGUCGCCAACGCUGCCGAAGAAACUCCGCACUUGGAGUUCAACUUGUUGUGGAUUGAGUCUCUUUUCAGCGCCCAUGGUCGCUACUUCAAGGAGAAUGCGGGCACUUUCGCACCAGAGCUUCGUGCUGUGCAACGUGUCAUCGAUGAGAUACAUAACAGCCUGAAGAGACUGACAGACAAGAAUAUCUAUGAUCUCAACUUCCUCCUGGCAAAACCUGUGCUUGCAGGCAAGAAGCAACCCAGUCUUAUUCUCGCUGCCCUCAGUGGUGAUGCUGAGGCUACCAAUGGCGAGGACGAGACCAUGGAAGAGGCAGCGGAGGAGGCUGGUGGGGAAUGGAUGGGCCUUGAAUGAUUGUAUGUCACUGUUUUUGUACCCUGAUACUCCUGUCGUUCUUGUUCCCCUCCGGUCAUCUGUUUGGCUUCGCAUGUGCUCCUGGCGUUGAAUCUGUGGUAUACUUGGAAAGAGAAAGGGGACAGCAAAAGUUUUAGGAGUCCGAUGCUGUGUUUAUAGGAUAUGUAGUACAUAUACACCGAAUAAUAAACUUUCAGAAUUACCCGGG